CAGUUUCAAUAAUAAAUACAUGAUGUUAACUAGAGAUAAAGUUGAACAGUACGCAUGCACAUAUAGUGGUAAAUAGUGUCGCCGAAAUUGACUCCCAGGAACUAUUGUAAACUGCAACGCCACCUACAAGAGGCUACAGGCUACAAACCUACGCGAGAGACAAAUAUAGAUCUGUUAUACAUAUAGAUUGCACCAUACUAACCACAAUGAGCCAGUCGAAGAGACCCACACAAAUCAUUGGCUACACUAAAAGCUCGUUCACAGCAGAAAUGAGCAAUGGGUGCUCGGUAACCCAUGAUGUGUAUACUAGAUUGUCGGACAAGGACGCUGGAGUUGUAGUGAUCAUCCAGGAAUUGCCUGGCAUUGGUCAAGAAACUCUCGCAUUAGCUGAUGAGUUUGUGCAGCGGGGAUUUUCCGUUGUAAUGCCCCACUUGUUCGGACCUUUAGGUUCCACAAGUGUACUCGGUAAUACCGUGCGUGUGAUGUGCCUGCGUCAGGAGUUUUAUUUGUUCCAAAGCAACAUGACGAGUCCGAUAGUGGACUGGUUGAGAGCACUGUGUCGCAAAAGCAGAGACGAGCAUAAUGUGAAGGGCGUCGCAGUUAUUGGAAUGUGCCUGACAGGGAACUUUGCUAUUUCUCUCAUGGCAGAUGAUAGUGUCCUUGCUGGUUAUGCGAGUCAACCUAGUUUGCCAAUUGGCAACCCCUCCGCAUUACAUAUGAGUGAAACAGAUAUUGAAGAUAUCAAAACAGCCUUAGACAAAAAAGGCCCAAUGAUGUGCGGCAGAUUCGCUGGGGACUGGAUGAGCACGGGAGAAAAGAUGAAAACGAUUGACAAGACUUUUAACCAGGACGGUAGCCAGCGAAUUGCCAUAAAUACGCUGCCUGGCAAAGGUCAUGCCAUAAUAACGAUUGAUUUCGUUGAUGAAGAGGGUCACCCAACGAGAAAGGCUCUGGAUGGCGUGAUGGACUACUUUGGUCGUACCCUAGCGUGCUAGUCAGCAAAAUGACGAUUGACCUUCUAACAAGUUGGUCGACUGGAGACACGAAUGACAUCGAUGAUUUUUUGUGACUAACAAUAAAAAACAUACGAACAUAUGCAG